AUGGGUUCAGCAGAUGAUGGAGGGGCAGGGGAGUUUUGCCUUCAAGAGCUGCUGGAAAUAGAAGGCAUGGAGGAUGAGUUGGUGAUGCAUGAGAUCUGGACACAUUACAACAGUGAUGAUGAUGAUGACACAGAGGAUAAUGAUGGAGCAACAAGGACACAACCACCUAAAUUUGUUGACAUGCAAAAUGUUGUUCACAUAGAUGAGAAGUGGUUUUAUUUAAGUCCAGAUAUGAGAAGGUUUUAUUUGCUUCUUGCUGAAGAUGACCCUUAUAGUUGCUGUCAGUCCAAUAGGUUUAAGAUAAAAGCCAUGUUCAUAUGUGCCACAUCUAGACCUAUUAAGGACAGUGAGGGAAGGAUGAUACAUGAUGGGAAAUUUGGUAUCUACCCUUUUGUUGAGUAUGCAACAACUAAGUAUUCAACAAAAAACAGAAGGGCAGGUACUAUGUUGACAAAGGCAAUUGAAAGUGUUACACUACCAGUUAUGAGGGAUAUGAUAGUUAACACUAUCAUACCUGCCAUAAUGAGGAAUUGGCCAGAAGGUGUGUCCAAAGAAAUCUACAUACAACAAGACAAUGCUAGACCUCACAUUCAUGCAUCAGACCCACAAUUUAUUGCAGCAGCAACUCAGAAUGGAUUCAAUAUCCAACUCAUCAAUCAGCCAGCUCAGUCCCCUGACUUAAAUGUGCUAGACUUGGGGUUUUUUAGAGCAAUUCAGGCACUACAAUAUCAAUCAUUUCCUAAGAACCUAGAUGAACUGAUUUUAAGAGUGCAGGACUGUUAUGAUUUCUUUGACCCAGAAGUUUUGAAGUACAUUUGGUUGCAAUUACAAUAUGUUAUGGUAGAAAUACUAAAGUGCAAAGGGGGGAACAAUUUCAAGAAUCCACACCAUGCAAAGAGAAAGUUAGAGAGACUGGGAUUACUUCCAGAAAAUGUAACAGUGGACCAAGUUGUGAUAGAUGAGGCAGUUACAUACUUGAAUGAGAGGUUUGUGAAUGUAGGAGAAGCAUUUGACUACUUAGAUGCACAUCAAGAGUAG